AUUGAGGAGGGCACCUUUUGGGAUGAGCACUGGGUGUUGUAUGGAAACCAAUUUGACAAUAAACUUCAUAUAUUGGAAAAAAACCAAACAUUAAUUGAUAAUUUAUUCUAUUCUGAAUGUGAAUGAUAAAAUACGAGUUAAGUUGCAAUCCUGGCUUGCAUUCAGUGAGUACAUGGGAAAAAAAAGCUGGUAUGAAAACUUUUCCCCUAAUACUUAAAUCAUGUGUUUGAUUUUAUUUCAAGAGGCUCUGACUAUAAGCAAAGCUUUUGACAUGCUUUUACCUCUCUAAAGUCAACCUCUGCCCAUGAAUUUGCUCAACUUGCAAAUACCCAAAGAACUCAUGCCUCUUGCUGAAUUCUCAGAAACUUUUAGAAUAUUAUAUUGUCUCAUCUUACAUACGUUGAAUGGUGAAUUAUGUUCCAAAGUUACUUUUCUCUCUCUAUUGAUUAGUUAAGUCACCAAAACUUUCAAGUCACAACUUUUUAAAAAACUGGAAUCCAGAAAUUCAUCUAGAGCAGAGAUCAUUAAAAACACAAUGAUCUCAUAUUGCAAUCAUUUUCAGAUAUACAGGUAAAUUGAAAUGUAUAAGUGGUGUGGAAAUUUAAAAAACACAUAUACUCUUACUUGGUAUGACAUGAAUGUAGCAAAUAUCUAAAUCACACAGUAUUUUCAUUUGUAAAAAAACAAAUUUACAAAAGAACUGCACUGUAAAAAACUGACUUCUGGCAUCUUUUAUAAAUAACAGUUAAGACAGACAACAAGAGUAUAAUUAUUGGAUAAAGCACACAAGAGUGCAUUAUAAACAUUCCAUAAAUAAAUAAAUAAAUAAUGUAAAUUAACAAUUGCCAUCAUAAUAUAGAAGUAAAUAUGUAUGGAUAGAUGGAUAUGUAUAUACACAUACUUUCAAUGCCUCGAUGUUUUGGUGGUCAUGAAUAUCAAAGGCCUGGUUUUGCUAUAAAAUGUAGACUUCAAGGCCAAGUGAUAAAAGUUACAAGUUUAGACUCACAUUGAGAUCCCACCCAAACAUCAACAAUUAAUAUCACUUUUAAGUUACUUAACUGAUAUCUGUUUUCACUUCCUUGUUGGUAAAAAGUGAAUUGUAUUGACACCUAGCUUUGAAGGUUGUUGUGAGAAUAUAAUGGGAUAACCCUAUUAUAACCCCAUGCUUGUCACAUGGGGAAUAUUUCCAAUAGAUGUCCACUACUGUUAUAGCAUUAAUCACUAUUCUAUUCUUUUUAACUUUAUGUCAUGGAUUGGAAUAUUUGGAAGAGAUGAAUUAGUAUAAAAGCUAUAAGGAUAUAUAUUUUUUUAAUAUAAAGAAUUUGAAAAGUGCUCGGAGGAUAUUACAACGAAAAUAGAAAUUUGGGGAAAGUUCAGACCCAAGUAGUAAAUUUAUUUAAUACUUACACGUUUAGCCACAUGAUGUCGCUGUCCACCACAAGGUGUUUCACCACAAAAGAAAUACAUUCUGCAUUACAUACUCAGUUGCUGCUUUUCCCCAUCCUCUGUGAAAUACGGGCAUGGUAAGAUUAUUUAAGAAAAACCGAGGAACCCAAAUUAUUUUUUAAAGUUUGGAUCGAUGCAAGAGUGACCCAAUAUUUGGAAAAGGCUUGCAGUGAUGUUUUCAUGGAAAGAAGAAGGUUCAGGAGCCCGGCAACUACUGCUUUCGCUUCUGCUCCUCACAGUCUGGGAGGCUGGGAGCGGCCAGGUUCACUACUCAGUCCUGGAGGAGGCCAAACACGGCACCUUCGUGGGGCGGAUCGCUCAGGACUUGGGGCUGGAGCUGGUGGAGCUGGUGCCACGCCUGUUCCGGGUGGCGUCCAAAAGCCAUGGGGACCUUCUGGAGGUAAAUCUGCAGAAUGGCAUUUUGUUUGUGAAUUCUCGCAUCGACCGCGAGGAGCUUUGCGGGCGGAACCUGGAGUGCAGCAUCCAUCUGGAGGUGAUCGUGGACAGGCCGCUGCAGGUUUUCCAUGUGGAGGUGGAGGUGAAGGACAUUAACGACAACCAGCCGGUUUUUCCAAUGGCAGUAAAAAAAUUGUUUAUUUCUGAAUCCCGGCCGCCUGGUUCUCGGAUUCCGCUAGAGGGAGCAUCAGAUGCAGAUAUUGGAGCGAAUUCUUUGUUGACCUACAGUCUUAACUCUAAUGAUUAUUUUACCUUGGAUAUUAAAAGAAAUGAUGAGGAUAUUAAAACUCUUGGACUCGUGUUGAAAAAACUUUUAAAUCGAGAGGACAUUCCUGAACAUCACCUAGUAAUAACGGCAGUUGAUGGUGGGAAACCAGAGCUCACUGGCACUACUCAACUGAAGAUCACCAUUCUAGAUGUAAACGACAACGCCCCAGAGUUUGAGAGAACUGUCUACAAAGUGAGUUUAUUCGAAAAUGCUCCAAACGGUACCCUAGCAGUGACUGUUAACGCCUCUGAUUUGGAUGAAGGAGUAAAUAAGGACAUUGUAUAUUCUUUCAAUACAGACAUGUCAUCAGAUGCUUUGUCGAAAUUCCACUUAGACCCAGUUAAUGGAUACAUCACUGUACAGGGUAACAUAGAUUUCGAGGAAACUAAGUUAUAUGAAAUCCAGGUAGAAGCGACAGAUAAAGGAAAUCCCCCAAUGGCAGGUCACUGCACGGUUCUGGUGGAAAUUUUGGACACCAAUGAUAAUGUACCUGAGUUGGUUAUCAAAUCACUGUCAUUACCUGUAUUAGAAGACGCUCCCCUCGGCACGGUCAUCGCCUUGAUCAGCGUGUCCGACCGUGACUCCGGAGUCAACGGGCAGGUGACCUGCACACUGUCGCCCCAUGUCCCCUUCAAGCUGGUGUCCACCUUCAAGAAUUACUAUUCGCUGGUGCUGGACAGCGCCCUGGACCGCGAGAGCGUGGCGGACUAUGCUCUAGUAGUGACAGCACGGGACGGGGGCUCGCCUUCGCUGUCGGCCACGGCCAGCGUGUCCGUGGAAGUGGCCGACGUGAACGACAACGCGCCGGCAUUCGCGCAGGCCGAGUACACGGUGUUCGUGAAGGAGAACAACCCUCCCGGCUGCCACAUCUUCACGGUGUCCGCGCGGGACGCGGACGCGCAGGAGAACGCGCUGGUGUCCUACUCGCUGGUGGAGCGGCGGGUGGGCGAGCGUGCGCUGUCGAGCUACGUGUCGGUGCACGCGGAGAGCGGCAAGGUGUACGCGCUGCAGCCGCUGGACCACGAGGAGCUGGAGCUGCUGCAGUUCCAAGUGAGCGCGCGCGACGCGGGCGUGCCCCCGCUGGGCAGCAACGUGACGCUGCAGGUGUUCGUGCUGGACGAGAACGACAACGCGCCCGCGCUGCUGCCGCUGCCUGGGGCGGGCGGCGCGGGCGGCGCCGUGAGCGAGCUGGUGUGGCGGUCGGUGGGCGCGGGCCACGUGGUGGCGAAGGUGCGCGCGGUGGACGCGGACUCGGGCUACAACGCGUGGCUGUCGUACGAGCUGCAGCCGGCGGCGGGUGGCGCGCGCAGCCCGUUCCGCGUGGCGCUGUACACGGGCGAGAUCAGCACGACGCGCAGCCUGGACGAGGCGGACUCGCCGCGCCAGCGCCUGCUGGUGCUGGUGAGGGACCACGGCGAGCCGGCGCUGACGGCCACGGCCACCGUGCUGCUGUCGCUGGUGGAGAGCGGCCAGGCGCCCAAGGCCUCGUCGCGGGUGUUGGCGGGCGCCGCUGGCGCGGAGACGGCGCUGGUGGAUGUCAACGUGUACCUGAUCAUCGCCAUCUGCGCGGUGUCCAGCCUGCUGGUGCUCACGCUGCUGCUGUACGUGGCGCUGCGGUGCUCGGCGCCGCCCAGCGAGGGCGCGUGCGGGCCGGGGAAGCCCACGCUGGUGUGUUCCAGCGCGGUGGGGAGCUGGUCUUACUCGCAGCAGAGGCGGCAGAGGGUGUGCUCUGGGGAGGGUCCGCCCAAGACCGACCUCAUGGCCUUCAGCCCCAGCCUUCCACCCGGUCCCAUUGGCGGGAAUAGAGAAGAACAGCUGGAUGUGGAUGUUGAUCUUUCUGCCAAAGUGAGUACAGAUUUUUAAAUCCUUUCAAAAAUCGUUUUUUAUUCUUCAAUGUUUCUGUUCUUUUGGAAACUUACGUUUUUGGUGUUAGAGUUUUCCAGGGUUUUGUGGUUAAAAUAUUUGAACUCCUUGUGACAAAUGUUUUGAACUGAAUUAGCAAUAAGUACUGAGAGCCAAACUUGUAGUGUUGUUGUUGUUGUUGUUGUUGCUGCUGCUGCUGUUAAUAGGUGCAGUAGUAGGAUUAUUUUAUUGCUAAAGAUAGAAACCAAAUAUAUUUUCUUAGAUGAAUUGUAUUGUUUAGAAUAUUUGACUCCAAUUGUGUUUUACUAAUCCUUGCACAAUGCUUCAAUAGAUUUUGCCACUUUUUUUUUGGAAUUCCUACUAGAUGUUAGUCCAAAUGUCACUGGUUCAUUUUAUGAGUUCACCAUAAAUGCUCACCACUUCUUUUGGUUAAUAUAUCCUUAGUUUCAAAUAUUAGUUUACUAAGCCUGUUGUCUGUAUGAAGCCUCUUUUACUCAUUUAUUCAUUUGUCUGAAGUCUUAGUUCCUUGUUUUUACUUGAACAUGAUUCAUUUUAGUCCUUGUGCUCACAUUUGGUAAUAUGUUGUAUUGUGGCUAGUUUCUCAAUUGGGUAAAGAAAACCACACACACACACCAGAAUAAUAAUUUUAUUGGUUUAGAAUUGUAUCUUUAGGAGCACCUGGGUGGCUCAGUCGGUUAGUGUCCAACU